AUGGCCCCCACAUGGAGAAUCGCCAUGGCCUGCGAUGAGGCUGGCGUCAACUACAAGAACAAGAUCAAGGCCGACUUCGAGGCCGAUCCCCGCGUUUCCGAGGUGAUCGACGUCGGCUCCAACGCCAGCGACGACAAGACCCCCUACCCGUCUCGCUCCGCCGCCGCCGCCCGCCUGGUGGCCGAGGGCAAGGCCGACCGCGCCCUGAUGAUCUGCGGCACGGGCCUGGGCGUGGCCAUCGCCGCCAACAAGGUCAAGGGUGUCCGCGCCGUCACGGCCCACGACCCCUUCAGCGUCGAGCGCAGCGUCAAGAGCAACAACGCCCAGGUCCUCUGCAUGGGCGAGCGCGUCAUCGGCGUCGAGCUCGCCAGGAAGCUGGCCAGCGACUGGCUCGACCACGUGUUUGACCCUUCCAGCGCCAGCGCCAAGAAGGUGGAUGAGAUUUGCCAGCUCGAGGCAUGA